AUGUCUCGUGUGUUUGUGAAGAACCUAGCCAAAAAGGCCACAGAAUCAGACAUCCAGAAGCACUUUCAGAGCAUUGGACCCAUAACAGAGAUUCGCCUCCUCCUCAAGGAGGACGGAACAUCACGGAGAGUAGCAUACGUGGGAUUUCUAGAUGAGGCGUCUGCAAACAAGGCCAUUGCGAAACUGAAUCAUUCAUACAUUCGCACGUCUCGAAUAAGCGUCGAAAAGGCCCUUUCUCGCAGUGCUAUUGAGGCCGAGCAAAAGCUCAGAGAGGAGGACCGUGAAAGGCGGCAUCAAGAGCGUCUGGCUAAACACCAGGGUGGAGCACGCGAACUCAUCGAACAAAUGCGGAAGGAAGGCGGUAAGAAGCUGCAAGAAUACAUCCAGAUUGCCGGUCAACGCUCAUGGGAAGAUAACGUAGUGUGCGUUGCACGUGACACAGAUAGCCAACAGGGCAGUACUAGUGAUGCGCCCGAAGAGGCGGGUGCCGGUGAUAACUCCCAGGUGAAGACAGAGGACGGUCAGGCAGCAACAGAGGACUACGGUCAGGAUCUCAUCGAUACAAAUGACAUUGAGAUUGAUGCUGUCAGGAUCAAACUGACGGGGCUUGCCAACGUUACCACAGAGGACCAUCUGCUUCAGCACUUUAGUUCCUACGGGGAAAUCUCUGAGGCGGUGGUGUGCUUGGACAAGUUGACGCACAAGCCGACUGGCGUGGGCUUUGUAACGUUUUGCCUUCCAGAGGCUGCAUUCAGAGCUAAGAAGCAACGAGAUACCAUCAUCAAUGGCAAGGUUGUUCGCAUAACUCCUGCACGCGCUAUUAUUCUGCCGGGCUCCCACAAGGAAUAUCUAGUAAAGGGUCUAGAUAAGCACAAUAAGCUAGCGUGGAAUCCAUCAUAUAUGAGGUCGAACACAGUAGCCUCCGUCGCUGCAGAGCGGCUCAACCUUGAUCAGACGGCUCUGGCCUCUAAUGCAGUGGGUCUUGCCGUUGCAGAAGCCCAUUUGGUGGAGGAGGCAACAGCUAUUCUUAAGACUCAUGGGAUUCUAAUUGUAGACGAAGCAGUGCGGGCCACUGAUACUCAAAGAAGCAAGACAGUGAUACUUUGUAAGAAUCUUCCUGGAGACGUCGAUAUCUCCGAAAUAUCUCAGCAGUUUGAGCAGUACGGAGCUGUUCUUCGGUGUAUCCAGCCGUGUCCCGGGUUCGCCAUUGUUGAAAUGGGAGCGCCCCAAGAUGCCAGGAAGGCUUUCAAUAUGCUUGCAUUUAAGCGUGUUGGCAAGCUGAAGGUACCAAUGUUUCUCGAGUUUGCGAUGAUGCAGAACACUGUCGAUCAGAUAAAAGAUGAUGGCAGUCAGACACAGCAGAAAAACCAAGACUGCGAGGGCACAAGUACAGCUCCUCUACCUAAGAGAGAGGCACCCACAACAAUCUACAUCAAAAACAUCUCCUUUUCAACGACUCCAGAUCGUGUUUACGCUAUUAUAAAGGAUUUGCCUAAAAAUGCAUCGUGCCGUUUGGUUCUCCAUGCCCACGGCCACAAGGGCUACGGCUUUGCAGAGUUUUUGACGAAGGCAGCAGCACAAGAAGCAAUCGACAAAAUAUCCAAUAUAACCCUCGAUGGGCACAAAUGGUCAGCGUCUCUUGCACGAGGUAACGAUGGGGAGAUAGCCCAACAUGCUGCAGAAGCCGGCGCUACAACAAAGCUCAUAAUCAAGAACUUAGCUUUCCAGGCAAACGGCAAAGAACUAAAGCAGCUGGUGUCUCAGUUUGGUAGAGUUGUCUCCUUCAGAGCGCCCAAGAAGCUUGACGGAAGGCUGCGUGGAUUUGCGUUUGUCCAGUACGCUACAGAAAAAGAAGCAGAGGUGGCCCUCAACCGCAUCAAACUCACGCAUUUUUACGGCCGCCACCUAGUUCCCGAAUUCACCACUGAGGACCAGGGCCUUGAUGCAGACGACGCCUACGCCCACGCAGAGAAGCGAAAGCUGAAGAAAUAA